AUGGCGGGUACUGGAGCGACCUACCCGAAGCACGAGUGGGACUGGGUGUACCUCAAGCACGAGGACCAGCGCAAGCGCACCAUCGAGAUCCUGGAGGGCCUCGGCUACCUCAACGUCGCCGACGACGUCGUCAACAAGGUCAGCCGGUUGUACUUCGACAACCGCGAAACGUUAAGUCCUCUCGAGUGUUGCAACGACAUGAGGGAGGCGGCGCUCACCAAAGCAUCGUGGAACCGCCUCAUCAACAAGAUCCUCAACUACAUGAUGACCUACGACCCCAACCGGGCGGGCCCCGAGCCGGCGCACGGGCCGAUCCUGCGGCAGAUGUGGGCGGAGCUCCAGAAGGUCGGCAUCACGGUCAAUGGUGAUGUGGAGGGCAAGUUGGCGGGCCUGGGCGUCAAGGGCGCCUACAGCUCCUGCCACAUGAGCGGUGACACGGCCGAGCUGUCGAAGGCGUCGUCGCUCUUCCACAAGCUGUGGAUCGUAGCGGCGACGAGGGACAAAUUGGACCCGAUCAUCAAGCAGACCAUCGACUGCUCGUUCGGCAACGCCACGGCGAACUCGGGCGAGAUCGAAUCGCUGCGCACGGACAAGCACGGGAGCUUCCACGGCGCCGCGAACGACGUCGCGCCCCUCUGCAAGCGCUACGUCAACCCGCAGCACGCGCGCGCCGCGAACGAGAUGUUCCUCGGCCGCGGGGCGGUGCCGCGCGGCACGAAGCUGUUAAUAGGCAACUUCGGCAAGGACGUGAUCGCCCACGCGAUUGAACGCGGCUGCUUCGGGAAGUAUGCACGUUGUCCGAGUCGUAGACACUUCAACUUGCGGCGCGACGGCGUCGGCCUCCGCGCCAUCGACGCGGCGUGGUCCUCCAGAACUCACGUCGAGAGAACGCCCCUUCGCGACGACCUCACGGUUGGUCCGCGCAGUUCCGAUGCAUCGACGUCGGCGGCCUCGACUUUCGGAGGCUGCCGCUCUCGGAGAUCUGCUACACUGGGGACAAGGGACGCGGCCGGCUCCGAGACGACUUCGACGAAGUCGAUAGAUUGUUAGAAGAGAAGUAUCCUGGGGUCCACAAGGUGCACGACUUUUUGAGACAGAACGGGCUGCGGGACGCGCUGCGCGGGAACAAGCCUACGAGGACGCGCGGGGCGAGGCAGAUCGUCACCCCGACGUGUACGUUGUUCCAGGGCCUCGCCACCGGACACACGCUUGUGAUCAAGUCCUUCAGAGCCCUGACCGUCUCCGCCGGAAUGGUCUACGGGAAUCCGGAGUCGCUGGAUUUGUUGCAGGGCUGGGACGACGACUGGGCGGAGAAGGCGGCUUUAGAAACGUCCAUCGAUUGUAAGAUAUCGGACCUCGAGAUGGCGACCGUCGACGCGUCCGACUUAGCGAAGGUGGGGGGCGCGCGGCCGUGGGAGUCCAUCACGGUGCCCAAGCGCCGCAUCACCGAGAACCAGCACGGCGAGCCGGUCCUCAAGAAGCUGCGCGACGAGGGCAAGAAGCCGGCGACGUGCUUCGCCUGCGGCAACAAGUUCCUGUAUGGGGGCGGCCUGACGGCGGGCUUCCGGUGCGCGCGCGGCACGAAGCCGGGCUGCGGGAGCCGCGGCCAGACGAAGCUUGACUGA